UUUAUUAGUUAUUAAGUUUAAUACACACACAACCAGUCAAUUGUAAUUAUGAUACCAUUAUUGAGAGUCAACCGAAAGUCAUUAAUAACGGCUGCGGUAGGUUUGGUGGCCGGUUGCGGUGCGACCGGCGCUUACCUUCAGCUGAGUGGACGCCCACUUAAUACCGUGUCUGCGGACGGCGUCAUUAAGACACCCGCUUCUGAUGCUAAUAAUCCCAAUAAUGUCAUACAAAAUCAUUAUCACUUCAAUGACCAACAAUCAUAUACAACAGCAGGAAAUUUGAUGACUAGUAGUAAUGGCUACAAAUGGGACCCAAAUUGGGAUAAAAGAGAUCCCAAAAGUUUAGUAGAGAAACCAAUUAAUAGCGACGACUUAAUAGAUGAUUAUAACGAAAAACUAGAAAAAGCCAAACCAGUGGCCACUCGACACCUGAUUCUCAUCAGACACGGACAGUACAACCAGUCGGGAGAAACGGAUAGUUUGCAAAUAUUGACGCCAUUGGGCAGAGAACAGGCAGAUCAAGUGGGCCUCAGACUCAAACAAUUAGGUCAUCCGUAUACACGAAUGAUUCAGUCGACAAUGACCAGAGCUACCGAAACGGCCGAAAUUAUUGGCAAACAGUUGGCUAAUAAUAAUAAUAAUGAUAAUAAUAUUCCCGUCGAUAGUUGCGAUCUGAUUAGAGAAGGAGAUCCAAUAGAGCCGAUUCCCUGUCCCGAUAACUGCCGAAGCAAACCAAAGGAGUACUUUGUUUCCGGCGCUCGGAUCGAGUCUGCUUUCAGAAAAUAUUUUCAUCGAUCAGAUCCCCAGCAAUCGGCCGAUAGCUAUGAUAUACUUGUAUGUCAUGCAAAUGUUAUCCGAUAUUUUGUAUUACGAGCCUUACAAUUACCACCAGAAGCUUGGCUUAACUUUACGUUAAACAACUGUAGUAUUACUUGGAUUACUAUCUAUCCGAAAGGUCAGGUAGUUGUUAAAAGUGUCGGUGAUAUCGGACAUAUGCCGCCAAAUAAAAUGUCUCUUUAUUAA